ACAAGCGAGGUCUGGAAGCAUUUCACGCAACUCAGCCGUGAGUUCAGCAGAUGUAAAAUUUGUUCGAAAGAAGUAAAAGCUUCUGGUAAUACGACAAAUUUGUACUUACAUCUACAGCGAUCUCAUAACAUGACUUUGUCUAAACCGGACACUAAAAGUGGGAAACGAAAAGCCACUAUGACACAAGAAGAAGAGGAAACUAAUAAAAAACACAAACUUGAAUCGACAACUGGUCAGCCAUCUUCAGAAUCUUACGUAGAAGCUACGCAAUCGAUUCUAUGCUUGCUAGCAAAGGCCAUAUUGCGACAACAAAAGCAAAACAAGGAAGAGUGGACGAUAGUUUUUCGAAGCAAAUUUCAUACCAGAAAGGAUCAAAAGCCACGGAAACAAACGCCAAAUUAGUUUACAUGCUGGCUAAGGAUAAUCUGCCUUUUCGAACUGUUGAGAAGGAGGGGUUUUUAGAAUUCGUAAAAGCUUUAAACCCGUUGUAUAAACCUCCAUCUAGGAAAUCAAUAACAGAACUGGUAGAGGAGAAGUAUGAGAAGUUGAUGCAUUAUCACUGACUACAGAUAUAUGGACAGACACUUUAAAUAACAAAAGUUAUCUAGGAUUCACAGCCCACUAUAUUUUCAAUAACGAAACCAAAUCUGUCACAAUUGGUGUCAAAGAAUUGGAUCAGAAACAUACUUCUGAAAAUAUACAAAAGUGGAUCAUUGAAAUAUUAGAAAAUUGGGGUAUAAAAAGUGAAAAAGUAGUAGCCGUAAUUUCGGAUAAUGCAGCCAACAUUAGGAAGGCAAUCAUCGAUAUUUUUGGUGUUAAAAAAUGUCUUCCAUGUUUCGCACAUACGUUAAACUUAGUCCCUUCACGCAUCAUCGAAGAAGACAGUUUAAUCAGUCCUUUGAUAAAAAAAGUUAAGUCGAUUGUAACUUUUUUUAAACAAUCAGUUUCUGCAGCGGACGAACUACGUACACACAAAACGUUAAAACUGAUCCAAAGCGUUGAAACACGUUGGAAUUCCACAUAUUACAUGUUGGAAAGAUUUCUUUUGAAUUCUGAGCCAAUCACGCUUACUCUGUUGAAAUUUCCAAAAGCGCCAGCCAUGCUAACAGCAUUGGAAUUGGAAACUGCGAAAGAGUUUAUUAACUUGCUCAAGACUUUUGAAGAAGCAAUAAAGAUAAUCUGUGGAGAUUCUUACGUUACAUCAAGUACAGUGAUUGUUGUACUGAGCAUUCUACAUAAAAAAUUACAGAUUUGUAAGACUGAAAGCGAAAACGCUAAGCAUUCGAAGCAGGCAUUAAUUGACCAAUUCACAAAACGAUUUCAGAAGAUAGAAAGUAUAUCAUUAAUAGCUAUAGCUACUCUAUUAGAUUCAAGAUUUAAAAGAAUACACUUCAAUGACAGACUUGCUUGUAGCAAAGCAAUAGACAAAAUUUCAAGGUUACUCCGCGAAAUGACUGCAACUGAAAAUAAUAGUUCUCUGCAAGAAAAGUCUGAUAAAGUAAGUGAUUUGAAAGAGGAAAGUUUUUGGGAUUUGCACCAUGAGCUCGCCCAGAAAAAUAAUUCAAUUAGAGAAUCUAGAAAUGAAGAUGAGUUGUACGAUGAACUAAAAUAUUAUUUAAACCAACCAACGAUUGGUAUGAACGAAAGUCCAAUCGAAUAUUGGAAUCGAAAUUCAACAUCACUGUCUACCUUAGCCAAGCGGUAUAUGGUGAUCGUCGCCACUUCUGCUCCUUCAGAACGAUUGUUUUCAAAUGCUGGAAGAAUUAUGACUUAAGAUAGAAGUCCUAAACACCUGCAGCAUCUUCUAUUUUUAGCAUCAUUACCAAAAAAAAGACUGGCACCUUUAAAAGGUUAAUCUUAAAGAAAAAUCAUUAUUUAUU